AUGGCAAAUGAACCCAAGCCUUAUACAUUCAAGAAAGUGCAUUUUGUGGCUGGGGCAAACUUAGAGCGUACAACUGUUGAACAAGAACCGAAUACAAGCACGAAUGGAAAUGAGAUUGCAGACCUUUACAAACAAAUGACCAAAUGCAAUCCAUCCAUCUCUUCAGCUAAUGAUCCUCAAUCGAUCAUUUAUUGUUCUGAUUGUGAGAUGGAUAUCCUUGUUGGAACCUAUCAACAGCACAUUCGCGGAAUGGCGCAUAUGAUCAGCCGUGAAUCUCAGCCCCCACCUGAUGUACUUGAAUUGAAUAGUGCCAACAAGGGAUUUCAGAUACUGCGGAAACAAGGCUGGAAUUAUGCAGAAGGACUGGGUGUAUCUGAGCAGGGAAGACGUCACCCUAUUGCUACUACAUUUAAAUAUGAUCGGCUCUGUAUUGGACACAAAAGGUCUGGUCCAAAGGCAAUUACUCAUACAUGGCAUGCUAUAGAACGUGCUAGGAUGGGUAGCAAAUCUGUCAGACAAAUACAAAAGCCAAUGUCUGGUAAGGUUCUUGCUGAACAGGCACAAAGAGAUGCUAGGAAACGUGCAGAAAUGAUACACUACAUGAACCAAUAA